AUGGCCGCCACUGGCAGCGGCGGCGGCGGCGCCCCGCCCUUCUCGAUCCGGGGCUUCGCGGCGCGGGCGCGCGCGGGGGCGGCGGACGAGGGCGACCGGUGCUGGCCGCUGGGCGGGGAGGCGGGCCCGCUGCCGCCGAUUGAGGUGCGCCGCUUCCGGUGGUGGGCGGACGAGGCGAAGCGGGCCAAGGAGGUGGUGGUCGAGGAGGAGGAGGAGGAGCGCAGGAAGGCCGCCAUGUGCCGGAAGCGCUCCGUCGUCGAGCUCUUCGCCGCCGUGCCGCGGGUCGCCCCCACGGGCGACGGGAGGAGGGUCAGGAGGAAGGUCGACAAGGGGAAGCUGCCGGCCGGGGUUUUGCCCAGCAAGGCGGGGUUCAGCAAGGACAAGGCCCCCUCUUCUGAGAACGCCGCGAGGAAAAAGGAGAAAAGUGGAAAUGUGAAAGUUGUCUCACUUAGCAUCUCUCAAUUAUUUCAAGAUGCCAUACAAAAAAGGAAGCUCAAAAAAUCUUCUAGCAAGAAAAAGAAAAAUCAAGAGGUCUCAGUUUUAUUGAACAAGAAAAUUGUAAAGGGAAGCAAGAAGUCAGUUUUGUCUAAUCAGAAGGUUAUCAAGAGCAGUAGCGAAGUUCAAACCAUUCUCAAGAAACACUUACGGACAGGAGAGGGUGUAUUUCUGAAAAAAUCUGAUGCUUGUCCAUCCAAAUCUUCUCUCAAAUCAAAACAUGUUACUUUUUCUGAUGCGGAUGACAUAUGUGAAUUGACUGCCUCCCAUCCUAGAGAUAACACAGAGCAAUCACAGGUAGUGCAGGCAUCCCAGCAAACUUUUCAGAGAGACAGUUCCCAGAGCAACAAGGAAGAGCCACAUUUGGUGCAUCAACGGAUUGAUGCUACUUCAGAGACUGUUGAGCAGGAUAGCAGCUCUUUAUCUGAGAAGGUAGGUUCAUCUGGUGCCUCCCAUACUGUUCCACUUACCAAUUCAAAGGAGAAAACUAUGAUGAGCAAGUCCAUGGAUCUGAAUCAUUGCAUAGAGAUUUCCAAGAGGGGCAAUGUCAAUCGUCUGAGCUCCCCAGCUACCUUAUCUAGUCAAGGGCUUGCACAAAAGUUUGUUGACGUGGACUUUCCUGUGCAAGAGGGCCUUUAUCUUGGUAUUGGGCGUCAAGCUGAAGAAAACCGUCGGAUCAUACCACAAGGAUCAUCUGCUGCUGCUGGUUUAGCACACGACACAAGACCAGGGAAUUUCGUGAGAAUUCCGUUGCCACAGCCUUCAAGUUCCUGUUAUGUUGCUUCUCUCAGAGAAGCAUCUGAUAGGAACAGAAAAACAAUUCCUCAGGAAAGAUUGGUUGCUAACUGCCACUUGACAGAAGUUCAAUCUAGUGUUGUUAGAUCUGGUAAUGACAUGGUGAGCAGUAUAAAUACCUCAACAGGAUCAAGCAAAUCAACAGAUGCACAAGCUACAGAUUCUGUAUCUGCAUGCAGGAACAUAUCCUUCAGCGGCGGCUAUAUGGGUCUUCCUCUUAAUUCACAUGGUGAAUUCGUCAGGGUUCAACCUGGUGGUACCCUUAAUCCUGAUGAGCUGUUUAAAAGACAAUGCUUGGGGCAGGAUUCUCUGCAUCCUUCAACAUCUCCAACUUUUGUCACACCUAAUGCGUGCUUGGAUUAUUCCCAUUUAAGAAUCAACCAUCAAGGUCAAGCUCCGCCAUUUUUUACAGUUGCUAAUUUUGGUAUUCAGCCAGACACUCAUCUUAAUCCCAAAGUGCCAACUGCAUAUAGUAUGGGUUUCAGACAGUCUGCGAGUUCUCAAAGGAUGGAAGUUCAUAAUUAUGCAGUAUCCAGCAAUAACUAUUCAUGCAGCAACCAGCAAGCUAGUUCAGAGCAAUGUUCUUGCGCUCAAUGCCUGGGACAUGAUAAUCAACUGCAGAAGUCGCUCCAGAUGCAAAGCUGCUUCCCAAGACAGAAUUAUGAGCAGAACAUGCAACCUGCUGUUGAUACAACAAUGCGCCUCAUGGGCAAAACAGUUAAUCUUGGAACCAGCAGUAAACAAUGUGGAGGUCUAGAUAACUGGGGUCCAUGUUCCAGUAAACAAAUCAGAGCUGAAGAUCAUUACUUUCCAGGAAUGCGCACGCAAGCUUUUCCUCAAUUGUUUCUUGGAGGGUUGGUUGAUCUACGUACCAGAAUUGGGGUUUCAAAUGGAGGGAGAACACCAUCUGAAUAUGUAUCAUGUUUUUCUUCUGUUCCAGCAGCUGAGCAAGGGUCUGGUUUCCGUGAAAGCAAUCACAGCCAGCAACCUCAACUGGCUGUGCCAAACAAGGCGUCUGUGCAACCAGUCAGCAGAUACAAUGAGGUUGGGCUAGUGCAUCAGCGACCAGCUGUGCAAGUUGGGCGGGUCCAGAGUACUGCUACUCAUCUACAACCUGGUGCUGUGGACUGCAGAGGCACUCCCAGUGUUCCAGCAAUGUCAUAUUACGAUCCAUGGAACAAGUUCAAAAACUUCGUGGAAACAACACCAAGGCCGCCUCAGUCUAGCUUUUUCCCUCGAAACAGCAGCAACAUGGCACAAAGGCCCCCAGCAGCACCUAUUAUGUCUGGUUACUCUGUUCAGAGCACUCCUGCUGUAACAACUCCGACAAAGUUUACCUCCCUCCGCCCAUUGCCCCCUUCAAUGGUGUCUUCCCAUGUUUACAGUAGCGAAGGUGCACAGCCUCAUGGAUCUACUCCAUUUCACCCACCAGCUCCCUUUUCUAGUCAACCAGGCAAAGUUAGCGCUCCAGGUGCGAUAAUAAAAGACAAGGGCAUGAAACAGGCUCCGAUAGGAUCAAAUCUUGAGAGCUCGAAACAAAUGGACAGAAGUUUCAAAAGGCCAGUAGGAAAGGACAAUGGUUUAUUGGCAUUACCAAAGAAACCUUCCAUAGCAGUAGUAGGAAAGAACCCAAAUCAGUCACCACUCCCAGAAAAAGGGAUAGAUCCAUGUGGAUCUACACCACAUCGACAACCUCAAUAUAUACCUGUUCGUCUCAGCACUGAACCUGAGAAGAAUCUUCGGGUUAUAAACAAUGAUACACCUACACGUACAGCAUGGACAGAGUCUGUCAAUAGCGUGGGAACAAGGCCUGUUCAGCUGAAAUCUGGAGCAAAGCACAUACUUCAGCCAUGUGCUAGUGCUAGCAUGGACCAAGAAGAUUCCUGGCCUGUGCAUUCGGUCGUACAGUUUGAAGUGGAGAAUAAUUCUUGCACAGUAGCAGGUUCAUCAAAGAAGAUUGAUUGAGUUUCGUUGAUGAAGCUGGGGGGCAACCCCCUUUGAUAAAAAAAUAAACAAAAUCAAAGAAGACUGACCUGUGUUGAAAAUUGCAGAGUUUUACCACCAUUCUCCUGGUGGUUGAUUCAAGUCUUCUCAUCGCCAUCGGACUGGUUAAUGCUGAAGGAGAAUUCAUACCCAGUCCAACUCGAAACCAGAAAGAUGAGUUUAUGGAGGGAGCCCCUUCAUACUAGCUAAGCCCUUUCAUACUGUUCUUGCUGAACUAUGCUCGCAGUGAA